CUCCCCGCCCCCGCCGAAGAUGGCGGAGUCCGGCGGGGCCGAGUUCUGCGCGGAGCGGCCCGGCGGCAUGGCUGACAAGAACAGCACCCUGAAAUGCACGUUCUCUGCUCCUGGCCACAGCACCACUCUACUGCAGGGACUGGCCUCGCUCCGAGCUCAGGCUCAGCUGCUUGAUGUCAUCCUCACUAUAAAUAAUGAAGUGUUUCAGGUUCAUAAAGUUGUCUUGGCUGCCUGCAGUGACUAUUUCAGGGCAAUGUUCACGGGUGGGAUGAGAGAAGCCAGCCAAGACGUGAUCGAACUGAAAGGCGUGUCUGCAAAAGGACUGAAGCACAUCAUAGACUUUGCCUACAGCGCUGAGGUGACUCUCGAUCUUGACUGUAUUCAGGAUGUGCUGGGAGCCGCUGUCUUCCUCCAGAUGGUGCCCGUCGUGGAGCUCUGUGAAGAGUUCCUGAAGUCUGCCAUGAGCGUAGAGACGUGUCUCAAUAUCGGGCAGAUGGCCACCACCUUCAGCCUCGCGUCCCUGAAGGAAUCAGUAGAUGCGUUCACUUUUAGGCAUUUCCUCCAGAUCUCCGAGGAAGAGGAUUUCCUCCACCUGCCGCUGGAGCGCCUGGUUUUCUUCCUGCAGAGCAAUAAGCUGAAAAGCUGCAGUGAAAUCGACCUCUUCCGCGCUGCCGUCCGCUGGCUGCAGUACGACCCGGCACGCCGUGCCAACGCCAGCCAGGUGCUCUGCCACAUCCGCUUCCCACUGAUGAAGUCCUCAGAGCUGGUGGACAGUGUCCAGACCUUGGACAUCAUGGUGGAAGAUGUCUUAUGCCGACAGUAUUUGCUGGAGGCGUUCAAUUACCAGAUCCUGCCCUUUCGUCAGCACGAGAUGCAGUCCCCUCGGACCACCAUCCGCUCAGAUGUCCUGUCCCUCAUCACGUUCGGCGGCACCCCCUACACCGAUAACGACCGCACCGUGAGCUGCAAGGUCUACUGCCUGCCAGAUGCCAGCGUGCGCCAGUUUAAGGAGCUGACGGAGAUGGAGGUGGGCAGCAGCCAUUCUUGCGUGGCCGUGCUCGACAACUUUGUCUACAUCGUAGGAGGGCAGCACCUGCAGUACCGGAGCGGCGAGGGAGCCGUUGAUAUCUGCUACCGUUACGAUCCACACUUGAACCAGUGGCUGCGCAUCCAGGCCAUGCAGGAGAGCAGGAUCCAGUUCCAACUCAACGUCCUCCACGGCAUGGUGUACGCCACCGGCGGGAGGAACCGGUCCGGGAGCUUGGCCUCUGUAGAAAAGUAUUGCCCCAAAAAUAACGAGUGGACUUACGUGUGCUCCCUGAAACGCAGGACCUGGGGGCACGCAGGAGCCACGGUAGGAGACAGGUUGUACAUAUCAGGUGGGUACGGCAUUUCCGUGGAGGACAAAAAAGCCCUGCACUGUUACGACCCCACUACGGAUCAGUGGGAGUUUAAAACCCCCAUGAACGAACCCAGAGUUCUGCACGCCAUGGUCAGUGCAAAUAAUAGGAUUUACGCUCUGGGAGGCCGCAUGGACCAUGUUGACCGUUGUUUCGAUGUUUUGGCUGUGGAAUAUUACGUGCCUGAAACAGACCAAUGGACGACAGUGAGCCCCAUGCGUGCGGGGCAGUCGGAAGCCGGCUGCUGCUUGCUAGAGAAAAAGAUUUAUAUCGUAGGGGGGUACAAUUGGCACCUGAACAAUGUCACGAGCAUCGUGCAGGUGUACAACACAGAAACUGAUGAGUGGGAAAGGGACCUCCAUUUUCCGGAGUCGUUUGCUGGGAUAGCGUGCGCUCCCGUUAUCCUGCCGCAGGUAAUGACCCAGAGAUAACAACGCGCGCCCGGGAGGUCACCUCGCGUUGCAUGUUGUCAGGAUGCUGUGUGGUCUCUUCGUUCUCUGCCAGUGGUGUUGUGCGUUUUGUGGGUGAGGGAAGGAGACGAAUUGCUCGCGUUCCCUCCUCCAUGAGUCCCUCCUCCUCUUACGCCGUGUCCUGGCCAGCGCGGUGCGGCAGCAGCGCUUAUCAGCCUUCACAGAUGUUACAGCCAGGAGAAGCUUCUCUCUUUUCUUUCCUUUUCUUCAAUGCGGGGAGUGCAUUUUGCCAACUUUUCAUACUUCUAACACUGUUAUGCGCUGCAAACGCCGCCAGCUCAGGAGUCACAAAGUACUGUGGUACAUUUAAAAGAGUUCAGGUGGGGUUUUUAUUAAUAGCUCAAAAAAUCAUUGUGUGUUGCUUUGGUGUUUUUUUUUAGCAAACCAGAAAACCAAAUCCUGUGUAACACACUGACCUCCAGAAGCAAUAAAGGACAGCGGGAGUGGGAGAGCU